CUUGCGUAAAUAUCAAUAAUUCGCCAACAUAUAUAUACGUCGCGUGUGCAUGAAAGAUAUAGACUAUAAUGCAAUAUAAUUUGUGUGCGCGGGUUGCCAUUGUCUGUCAAUCUUCGUUGUUACGAGUUUAUCUUCCAAAUCAAUGUCCAAGAUAAUGAGGAUGCAACCUCAUGAUGAAGGACAACGGGUACUUCCGACUACAAGCCGCAUCUUCAGUUCGAUGCACAUUGUCUACGAUGUGUUAUCUGGUUCAAACCGUUCGUGACAUGACCGACAUCUCUUCGAGAAUUCACUGUACAAUCGUUCUCAUCUUAUUGUGCGACAUGAGAACGUGCACUCCGAUUUCUCACGCCUGCAUCACAGCAAGUAUGCGGGCUGCAACAGAUUCGGAACGUUCCACGGUAUCGGCAUCGUUACCGAUUUUCGAGGAGAUGGAGAACCGUCUCUCGAGUUUAGAGCGAAGACUGCGAACGGUCGAGCAACCUGUUUGGCAGAUCAGCUCGAAGGAAGAAGACUGGGAGAUUUGCGCCGAAGGACCAUGCAAAUGCGUACCGGAAUUAAAAUCGGUGUCCUGCUGGAGAUACGACCUGCUGGAUCUGCCUCCGACGCAAGUUGUUCCCACCGAUGUGUUAAGACUGGAUCUUGGAAACAAUCAGCUCACCGCUCUAAACAAAAAUACAUUUGGAAACAUGACGUUGUUACAACAUUUAGAUCUGAGCAGCAAUCUGAUUGAACACUUAACAUCAAACUUAUUUCUCUCUCUGCACAGUGUCGCGAAUGUCCGGUUGAGUAGCAAUCUCUUGAAAGAAAUGCAAUACAAUCAGUUCUUCGGAUUGAGAAAUCUUCGAAUACUCGAUUUGUCGUCAAACAGACUUUGCACUUUGCCGGAGGGACUUUUCCUGAGCAAUACUCUAUUGGUUUUGCUGGAUCUCUCCUUUAAUCGUAUUUCGUUAUUGCCAUCCGCUACGUUUCGCGGUCUCGGAAAUCUUGAAGAACUGUUGCUGGGUAAAAAUCGAUUAGUUAAAUUACCUGUCCUGAUUUUCCAAGAUAUGAAUCGUCUCAAGCGUCUUGCACUCGAGGAAAAUCGUUUGAAAGAGCUGCCUAAUGAUGUCUUCCAAGACUUGACAUCUCUCAAAGAACUGGACAUGAGAGACAAUCGAUUGACGGAAUUACCUAAAGGAUUGCUGUCAACUCUCGUGAAACUGGAAAUACUGGAAUUAUCGAGCAAUAGAAUAUCCCGUAUCGACGCAAGAGCUUUUUAUGGAAUGACAACGCUUCGGGAGUUACGACUGGGACAUAAUCAUAUAAAACACUUGCCACUCGGUUUAUUUGACCACGCCACGUCUUUAGAACGUCUUAUUCUCUAUGGCAAUCGUAUAGAAAUUCUAAUAAGAGGUGUUUUUCGCAGUUUGUAUAAUCUUACUUCUCUUUUCCUGCAAUCGAAUCGAUUAAAGAUACUGCAAUCUGGAGUGUUUGAUGAUACACCGAAUUUGCAGAAGUUGCAAUUGGAAUCGAACGAUCUCUCCUUUUUGCCAGCUGGCAGCAUGGAUGCCAUAUCCUCUAUUCAACAAAUACGUUUAAGUCGGAAUCCUUGGCACUGCGACUGUCGUGCUUCUUAUGUUGCCUCAUGGCUGCGCAAAAGAUUCGCCAGCUACGCAAAUCUGACUAAUGCGUUACAGAUACAAAAAAUGCUGAUUGUAACAGGUAAUUGGAGCGUAUGGGAAUUUGGAGCUGGCGCGACUUGCAGAGGUCCAGGUAUAUUAGGCGGCCAGUCGUUGCUACGUUUAACCUUCCACGAAUUGUGCGAAGGUCAAUGGGCCUCCAUGAAGGGUAUUGUACCACGAUUACCACUGGACAUUAUCGCUUCAUCCGUCAUACCGCACGCGACAGAGAGAAACAAGAUAUAAGACGUUUUGGUAUAAGACGUUACUUUGUUGAACACGCAAUAAUUUUAAAAUGACAAUAAAUUUCUUCUAUUAUUUAUCAAUAAUUUAUUAAUAAUUUCAUAUUAUGUAUAUAAGUAUAAUGCGUAUAAUAAAAACACGUUUCUGUUAAAACCAACUAAAGUCCAACCAAUCUAGUCCAUGUGUAUAAACGUGAACAAUUUUAAUAAAUACAAAACAAACAUUUGAA